UAUUACUGCAUAUGAUCUCUAACACUUGUAAGUUGCGGCUUUAAUCGACAAAAAUUAAAAUGUUUUAAAAUUUAUAAUAUUCUAUUCCAUUUCACAUAAAACAAAAAUUUCAGUUCGUUAAAGUUUAAUACUUAUUCCUAACCAUAAUUAUUACAAGUGUUUAUUAGCCUUUUAUGAAUAGAAAAUUAAUUAAUCAAAAGUUUUGCUAUGUCGCCUUAUGAUCUAAGAAAUAUAUUAAGUUGAAGGAAUAAUAACUUUCUUUCCCGUGUUUUAUUGGAGAUAUUGCCCCUUGGAACGCAAAAUAAGCAAAUGUUUUUAAGAAAUCAGUUUUGGAGCUAUUUUUGUAGAGGUCGAAGAAGAAAAAUUACUAGUCUUACGAUCGUCUUAAUUUUAUUAGUAAAUGCUAUGUUUUAUGUUAGUUUGUUACUUUAUAAUACUGUUCAGAAAAGAAACAUAAAACCCUGGUAUGAAAGAAUACAAUUUGACCAAGAUUCUUAUGUAGAUAACACAGGAAUGAGAGUAGUCAUUGGUCAUUAUGUUGGUGGAAAUUCAGGAGGAAAUCUAACUGAAGAAAUAAUAAAUAUUAACAACUAUGCCCCAAUAGUGGGUGCAGGAGAAGGUGGUCGGCCUGUACAGCUUUUACAAAGAGAAAUUAUCACUGCCAGAGAACUUUAUCCCUUACACUCUUAUAAUAUACUAGUUAGUGAUAGAAUAUAUAUAAAUCGAAGUUUGCCAGACAUGAGAAGUGAGAGUUGCAGGAAUGUACAAUAUAAUUUAGAAAAUCUUCCAACUGCUACAGUUAUAAUAGUCUUCCAUAAUGAAGCUUGGUCUACACUAAUGAGAACUGUGAUGUCUGUGAUAUUACGAUCACCUAAUGAAUUAUUAAAACAAAUAAUAUUAGUUGAUGAUGCUAGCGAGAGGAAAUACUUAGCUAAGGAAUUGGAUGACGCUGUAGCUAGUUUAAAUAAAGUACAAAUACUACGAAGUGCAAAUAGAACGGGGCUGGUUGGAGCAAGACUUAUGGGUGCUCGUGCAGCAACAGGGAAUGUUCUUGUAUUCUUAGAUGCACACUGCGAGGUGACUAAAGGCUGGCUCGAACCGUUGUUAGAUCGCGCAGGAAGCGACGACGUAUUCAUUUGUCCUCACAUAGACCUUUUGUCAGAUGACACGCUCGCCUACACAAAGAGCAUAGACGCCCAUUGGGGUGCUUUUAGUUGGCGACUCCACUUCCGCUGGUUAAUGCCCAGCCCCGAAGUAAUGCUGUCCAAAACGGAAAACCCCUCAAGACCUUACCCCACCCCGGCCAUGGCUGGCGGUUUGUUCGCAGUACGAAAAAGCCUAUUCUGGCGAUUAGGGGGUUACGAUGAAGACAUGGUCAUUUGGGGGGCAGAAAACCUUGAACUUUCCUGGCGUGCCUGGCAAUGUGGGGCUAGAGUCGAAAUCACGCCAUGCUCUCGCGUAGGACACAUAUUUCGACGGCACAGCCCAUAUAAAUACCCUGGUGGAGUCGCUAAGGUAUUAAACUCGAAUCUCGCGCGAGCUGCGACUGUCUGGAUGGAUGAAUGGGCGGAUUUUUUCUUCAAAUUCAACCCAUCCAUUGCCGCGAUACGCGAUCAGCAGAGUGUGGCAUCUCGAAUAGAGCUUAGAAAGAAUUUGAAUUGUAAAAGUUUCAAAUGGUAUUUGGAGUAUGUGUGGCCUCAGCACUUUUUCCCUGCUCACGAUCGGUGGUUUGGGAGAAUACGCAGUGAGAAAGGCAGUUGUUUAGGGGUUGCUUCUAGUACGCCUGGACUUGGUGGGCCAGCAUCUGGGGUGAGCUGUGGGAGUGACCUUGACUUAGAACGACUUUUGGUUUAUACAAUGGAGGGUAGAAUAAUGGCAGACGAAGGGUUGUGCCUACAGCAGGGUAACGGUAGGGCUGUCUGGAAAAGCUGCAAUGACAGCAAAAAACAGAUAUGGAAUCAGAAAGGGCCGCGUUUAAAGACCCCCGAUGGGUUAUGUUUGACUCAGCUAAUAAGUGACAGUAAGGAUGGGGUGAAUGACCCCUUGACAGCUAAGAAAUGUCUUAAUGACAAUGGGCAGAUUUGGCACUUUGAACGAGUGCCUUGGCGAUAAUGUGAUACUCGUACAAAAUGAGAAAAGUAUUUCUUUUAAAAUAAGAUUUUAACAAUUUUACAUAACAUAUACACAUUGAUUUAAUAUAUGAAAUACAUUUUUUGUACAAAGUUCGAAUCUCAUAAAAAGACAUUCUCUUAUCAUAUCACUAGUUGUAUUAUCUAUAACUAUACUAAUCUGUGAUUAACCCUGAAUGGAAUUUAGGUUUUCAUUUAGGAAUAAGUUUAUUAAACUCAAAACUCGUUAUUAGCUCUUCGCUUUUAAUAUUUAUACAAAGUAUUAAGUCGAUCUAUUUUAACAUAUUUUACGCAGCUCCUAAGUUAAACUUCGCAUUGUUACCGGUUUUUGUAUAUUAAAAAAUCGUCUCAUUUUUAAGAUUAAUUUAAAUGUGUUUUAAGCAGUUUUAACGAUUUUACGAACAAUUUUAUUGUCAUCCCCCAUCAUUGAUGUACCAGGGCAACAUAAAAUGCCAGCUAGUUGCAUUGUUGUGAACAUAUAAAUCUAAACGUAAUACUCAAACAAAAGACUAUUUGUUUAUCUAGUCUAUUAACUGUUGGUUGUGUUAACGUCACGUAUUCCAAUACAGUAAUCUGAAAUCUGUAAAACCAACACUGAUUUCAAUGUUUGAAUCAAUAAUUGGCGGGAAUUAGAAGGCGUAGCUUCGUAAGCAUGAAUUUCAAUUUCUAUAUUACACAAAAUUUAA